ACAGCUGUUUGUUUUCGCGGCGCGAUGCUCACGUAAUUUCUUGUACCGGUGGAUUGUUUAGUGGCUCUUUCGGGGGGAACAGUUCUGAAAUUUGUGCCGUUUUCUGUGUGAAUUUAUCAAAAAAGUGGUUACUCGAGGGGCAAAUCGGGAGCUAAAUCGUUUUUGUAAUGGGUGGAGUCGAUACCAGCAAGUGGAAGCCACGAAGAGCACAGGGCACAGUCAUCAACAAUACGCGUAACAAAUUUGCCUGGGCUGUGUUGGCCAUCGGAACCGCUUCUUUCGCUGUUUAUUAUUCCAUUAUCAGCUACAUUGGAGGAAGCGACCUGAAACAGCGAAUGCGAAAAGAUUUCCUGGAGCAAACCGAAGAGGAAAUUGACCGGCGGAAUUUGAUGAGGUUUAGUUUGCUGGCGCCCCGGAAAGGUGAUACCAUCCGGAAGCUGCUAGAAGAUCAGGAAACGAACCGGACGGAGAAGUAAAAUGGCCACUAGAAGUAAAAACGCUAAAAUUAAGUACGCUAAGUUGAGGCUGUUCAAGCCCUCAUCAUCGUCGUCUUCGCCUUCCGGAAGCAGAAGUCAACCGAAAUUGGAGAAUGAAGGGUAAUUUUCUUAAGGUCUGGGCGGGUAGCAAGUCUCUGUUAAGAGAUUUGGUCUAUAUUCUAUUGCAAGUCUUUAAAAAGUCUCUAUUCUUAACGAAGGUCUCUGAAGUCCUAGAGCUAAAGUAUUUUUUUCCUUCCAUGCAUUGAAUUUUUCUGACAAAUUAUAGAAGUUCCAUAGAAAUCCUCAGAGAUUAUUACGCGGCAAUUUCACUGAUUAUUCAGAAAUUUCUUUUCCUCAAGGAAAUCCUCGAGGAAUCCUCCUAUUGAUUCCUACUGAGUUUUUUUUCUGGUAUACAUUCAAAAAAAUCCUUCAGAAAUUCCUAUAGGAAUUCUCCUAGUCAUUCCUCCAACAAAUUUCCCAAAGAAAUUGUUCCAUUUCUUCAGACCUUUCUUGGAAUCCUUCUGCACUGCAAUGUUUCUGCAUCCUGUAAUUUCCACAAGGAUUUGGGUGAAAAUUUAGUUGUACAUAAUUUAUAGCUAUAGAUUGUUUGUAGAUCAAAGCCGGGAAAUAAAAGUAGACUAGCGAAUUUAUCAUCACA